AUGCCGAAGGCCGGGAGUAUGAUCAACCCUGUCAGUGAUGUGUGGAAGUAUGACCCGUCCAAACAUAUUCCCAACCUGGCAGGCAAGGUGAUCAUCAUCACUGGUGGCAACAGUGGGACUGGAAAAGCCAGCGCGAUUGAGCUUGCCAAGCACAAUCCCAAGUGCAUUUUCCUCUCGGCACGAUCCAGAGCAAAAUUCGACGACGCUCUCCAGAGCGUGAAAAUGGUCGCUCCCAACGCGAACGUGGAGUUUCUCGAGCUGGACCUUGCCUCUUUUGCUUCCGUCAACCAGGCGGCCGAGGCUGUCAAGGCGUCGACCGACCGCCUGGACAUACUCAUCAACAACGCCGGCAUCAUGGGCAUGCCACCGGGACUGAGCAAAGAAGGCUACGAGCUGCACUUUGGAACAAACCACAUGGGUCCAGCGCUGUUGACGAAACUCCUCCUCCCACUUCUCCUCCGCACCGCGGAAGAACCAGAUGCAGAUGUACGCAUUGUAAACCUGAGCUCUAUGGGCCAUACGAACACACCCAAAGGAGGCAUCGUUUUUGAGGGCCUGAAAACGCAGCUAAGCGACCACCACUCCUUCGUGCGCUACGGGCAGUCGAAGCUGGCGAAUAUCUUGCACGCGCGCGAGCUCGCCAGGCGUUACCCGUCCAUUUUAUCAGUCUCGGUGCAUCCAGGGCGAGUGGCAACACAGCUGCUCGACGACAUGUAUAGCCGCCGUACGAUAGUGGGGACCCUCAUGCAGGUGUACGACAAGGUCGCGAACCCUCUAACUCCCGAACAGGGGGCAUUCACUCAGCUUUGGGCUGCGACGUGGCCGAAGAAAGAAGAUAUUGUCAACGGCGCCUAUUAUGAGCCUUUCGGGAAGCUGGCACACGGCACAAAGGAUGCAAGGAAUUUGAAUCUCGCCGACAAGCUCUGGGUUUGGCAGGAGGCUGAGUUCGGAAAGUAUGGGGUCUGA